GAAAAUUACCACUCCCUACCCCUAGCCGCCACUCUCUCUUCUCCUUUUCUCUCCCACGCACGCACUCUCUCCUGUCUCCUCCCUCACGGCGGCAACAGCCACCAGGAAGCUCCCUCUCCUCCCAUGGCGUCCUCCCCUUCUCCCCCUCGUCUCCUCUCCCCAACCGAGGCCUAAGCUCCUCCACGCCAUGGUUGUGGGCUCCCAUGGCGAGCAGCUUUCCUUCCCAUGGCGCGACGCCGCUGCUCUCUUUUUUUCCCCAUCUCGCUGUGCUCUCUUGGGCGCCAGCAGCCAUGGCCGACCUCCACUUCCCGGGAGCAGGCGCUCAGCAGCCAUGGCAUGGGCUCCAUUUUUCCAGGGCCGCCAGAGCUCCUCCCAUGGCGCCCCUGCGACUUCCAUGGCCGCCAGCCCCCCUGCGAGCCCAAGUUUCUCCCUGGCGCCCAGCAGAAGCAGCCCUGGCCGAGCUCCUUGGGAGCACGCCUACGCCCCAGCUGGCUCCCCUUCCUCCUCCCCCUUCUUUCCCCAUGGCCGUCCAGCCCUGCACAGCAGCGCCCCUGCUCCAUUUUCUUUUCCCUCUGCUCCCUGUGCGGCAUGCUCUGCUCGCCGGCGAGUUCAUGUGCUCACGACACCUCUCCCUGCCUUCCCUCGGACCUGUGGGCACUAGCGCAGGCUCCCUUUUUUCCCACCGUCUCCCUCAGCCAGUAGCCGUCGACCUCCUCCCCCUGCUGUUCUUGCAGUCCAAGUUCUCCCCACGCAGACCUUCUUCUUCGGCAAGUCUGGCCGCUGCCAUCCCUCGGCACCGGGCUGGAGCACACGCCGAGCUCCUCCUCACGUGCUCCUCCACCGGUCUGCGUCCCCGCUCGAGCAGCAGCAGCGGCGACGCCCUCCGCUGCGUCGCGCUCGCCAGGACGGGCCACCCGCCGUCGAUCUCGCAGUCCCCGUCGCGAUGUCGUCAGUCCGCGCUAGCUAUCGGUGUCGCGCCACGUGCUCUGCCUAUGCAACGAAAUGCUAGCCGGUGGACAGCACAUGCGACUCACCGAUCCGGCCAGGACCGAGAGAUGAUGAUCGAGCCAGUGAUGUGGUGCCAACCACAAGAUGUCAUGGUGGACGACCUGAAGGAUGGACAUAACCAGUGGAUGCUCGCCAAGCGAGUACCCCCAGCAAACACUAUCUAAGUGUUAAAAUAAAG